ACCUGAGGGAAAUCUAGACUUGCUUCAUUUAAGGCAUGUGCAUCACAGUUAGGGCUGAGUGGAACGGAUAAUAUGGUUCAGGGAGACAGGCUACACCCAAGGACGCGAGCCUUGUGAACGUGCAUGGUACCAAAAGCUCAUCUCUUAAAUUCAGCUGACUGAUCACGGCUGAUUCACUAAUAUUGUGUGGCGUCACAAAAUAUAUGUUAGUCACUAGGUCACAUCUACUUUUACGGAAUACGCCGAAGUAACCCGAAUGUCCUCGCGUUCGAAAAGCGCGACGUAAUCCGCAGCUCGGCUACUGAAGGAGCGAGUGACAACGAAGUGAUGAGGGAGUCGGAGGAUAACGAGAUGUUCUGAAUGCGCUUACCGGAAGUCGGAUACAAAAAUGGCUGCAAACGAAGUGAUGCAGUUGAUUGAGGCAGAGCUUCCAGAGGGACGCCAGAGUUUACAGGACAGCCAUGCCAACUUGGAAAGGGUUGCACAGUAUUGCGAAGGAAACUACCUUCAGGCCAAGGACAAGCGCCAUGCAUUGGAAGAAACUAAAAACUAUACAACACAUUCUCUGGCCAGUGUGGCCUACCAGAUCAACAGCCUGGCAACCAACUUCCUCAAGCUCCUCGACCUGCAGCAGAACCAACUGGCCGAGAUGGAGUCCAGCGUCAACCAUCUAUCACAGAUUGUAAACAUCCACAAGGAGAAAGUUGCAAGAAGAGAAAUUGGUGUUUUGACAACAAACAGAAGUUCAACCCGCCCUCUGGGAGUGAAGAGUGGUAUUGUAUUCCCUGAGCAGGCUGAACGACCAAUCAAAUAUACCCGCAAACCCAUUGACUACACAGUAUUGGAUGACAUUGGCCACGGAGUUAGGUUGCAUUCGUCUGUUCCACGGCCCAACCGUACACCAUCCAUCAGCAGCCAAGGCUCCCAAGCACCAACGACGAAACCACCAACCCCACCCAUUACAAGGUCUGGCUCUACAGCUAGCUCCAACUCAGGAACCCUUGGGCGGAGCCAGGGAGGCCAUUACCGCUCCGUCGCACCCCCAGUGGCUCCACCGUCUGUGCCAGCCAAUCAGCAUUCACAUUUUGGCCAAGUGAUCCACCACCCUCCUCAACCAGGUCCCAGGGAGCGGUACGAGAUGAACUAUGCCCCCAGUGUCAUGGGGACAGUGCACUCACCCCCCCUUGUUGGAAUGGCACGACCCAUUUCACAAAGGCCUGGCCCCCCAGCAUCUCCCAGUAUGGUACGACCCACACAGCCACCAUUGGCCUACCAAGAUUCAGUUGCUCAGCUCCGAUAUGCCAGCCAUGGCUGGAAAGAUCCCCCGCCUCCAGAUGUCAACCGCUCGGUCGAUGUCAUGACAAUACCAGCAUCCCCACCUCUCCCCCCUCCCCCAGAGCAUGCUCGACCUGGCCCUGGUCCCCCUAAGUUUGAAUACGGAGGGUCGGCCCCUCCCCCACCCCACAACUUCAGCGACGACUAUGAGGAGCAUCCGCAGAACCACCAGCACAAGGAGGAGGAUCCCUACGCCGCCACGGGGCCGCAGUUUACCGCCCAGCCAGCCUGGGUGCCCAAGGAGUACCAGGAGAAAGUGGUUGCAAUAUUUGACUAUGAUGCUGACAAGGGCGACGAGCUGACAUUUUCUGAGAAUGCAGUCAUCUAUGUGAUAAAGAAGAAUGACGACGGCUGGUGGGAGGGUGUGAUGGACGGCACCACAGGGCUGUUCCCCUCCAACUACGUGGAACCCUGCAUCUGACCUGUCUAGCGCCACAAUCACACAGACAACCAGCAGGGGAAUCUCACCUUUAUGUUCUGUAACAUUCUCACCGAGUUGUUUUGUCCAAGGUGUAGAAUCUAACCAUUUGUUGGAACGCACAUAUUUAUGUAAUAACUACUUAAGAUUAUAGACACCUUAACAGCGUUAGUUGAGAGCUGAGACGCUCAACUUCAGUUUCACCCUCUUGAUAUUAGACAAAAGGCCAUUUUUAUGGUCAGUAAUUUGUUCAUACUCUUAACUCGAUUAGUACGAAGGGUAGCUAGCUCCCUGUUGUGGCUGUCUUCCAGGUAUUUGACAUGACAAGUAUUACACUGAAUAUUUCAGUCCUUACCAUGAAGUUUAUUACGUAUUUCACCAUUACAUAUUUAAUCAUAAUUAUAUUUGGAAUCAAGUGUUACUUUCAGAAUAUAUUGCUUUAUAAGGGUAUACAUGCUUUCAUUGCUUUUUAUGUGCAUAAAUGUGUUUUGUUAUUUUCUGAGACUUUUUAGUCACAAUUUAUGUUUGUAUUGAUUUAUAUCUGUCAGCUUUUGUCAGUUGCAUUUCAUCUUGUCUUAUAAUAGAAAUUGUUGGAUGGUUAUUUUAUGUUUAUUUUUACAAUCACAAGUCAGUUUUAUUGCAAUAUUCAAGAUAAUCCGAUGGAUAUUGGUGUCAUUGUUACAUUAGAUUGUCAUUUCACUUAAAUCAAAAUUGUGCUCAAUAUCAACAUGUGUACUCGGCAUUGUGUUGGACGUGGUGAUUGUAGUUGCCUUCAGCAUGGGGCCCCCUCCUCCUCCCAUACACCUGUGCAUCUCCCCAGGACAUAUACACAACAAUAAAAGUUGAGGCGUGAAUAUUUGGGGUGAUACUUGAUGAAAUUGUGUGCAAAGUCUUCACUAAAAAUAUAAUUUCCAAAAAAAUAUCCACGAUCCCUAACUUUUUUUGUUCACUAUACAUUACUCUACAGGCUCACACUCGCACACAUUCUCAGCCAUGAACACAGGUUUACAUAACAUGCGGUAUGGGGGCCCACCAUCCAAAACAUAGACUGAAGUACUUUGAAGCACAUGUUUAAUGUGGGUUUUAAUGUGAGAAUUUAGUUGAGAGAAGUAAUGGCACGAUUUUUUCAAAAUAAUAACAUCCAAAUUACAUAUUUUGAAAACUUAUAUUCAUUUGAGGGAAAUGCAUCUUCUGAUUGCAGCUUUGAUGUCCAGUUAUGAAUAAGGGUAUUGUGACCUCACAUUCUUGCUGACGUCCAAGAUAUGUACCUAAUAAGAUCUUUUUGAUAUGUCCGAGAGACAGUUCAACACAAGCAAUCUUUUUUAGAAUCAUUCAGUUGGUUGUUUUCAGCCAUUGUUCUUCUCGGACUGUAAGCCAAAACUCCAAGGUUGUGUUAUGAUAUAGAACUGGGUCCUGUUCCGUGUUCGAUCACAUAGAGCUAUGACUGUCAUAAACCUAUGUUAAAGAAUAUGAGUUAUGAUCAACUUAAGAUCACUGUUGCGGAACAGGACAUGGGAGGACACGAUGUUGUGAGAAUUACUAAAUACUAUUUUCCAACAGUAUCUUCAAGAGGUCUUAAUUUGUUUCAGUUUACUUAAUGUUUUACUGUAAUAUGGUUGGUCAUGGUCAUGGUCAUUCUUUACAUACUUGAUGUUUUGGAAACUUUAUCAGAUCGUGAGACCAAACCAAGGUUAUUGGAUUAAUUUAUGGCAUCGAGAAUACUAUCCGUUAUAUGACAAAGAAAUGUCUUGUAUUGCAGUAGGUGUAUGGCUGUAGGCUGGAGCACAGCUUGAUCCCCAUACACAUCACAUUAACUGAAUGUGCUUCAGCCUGCACCUAUAGUUGGGGAGAGUUACCUCCCUUCAUCAGUAAUCCUUCAGAGUUAGUGGGAUUAAGGGCCACGUACAACAGUCUGUUGUUAGUGUAUGUUAAGUAUGGAGGUCUUAGUGUGAAGAUCCCCUUGUGGAAUGCCAGACCAUCUGCAGCAGGUGCCCCUGUAUAGUGCUGUCAUCAGUACUAGGCCCACAAGGGGCAGUCGGGUAGCCUAGUGGUUAAAGCAUUCGCUCGUCAUGCUGAAGACCCGGGUUCGAUUCCCAACAUGGGUACAAUAUGUGAAGCCCAUUUCUGGUGUCCCCCGCCGUGAUGUUGCUGGAAUAUUGCUAAAAGCGGCGUAAAACCAUACUCACUCACUCACUCACUCACUAGGCCCACAAACGUUGUUUCUGAUAAAUCUGUGUGACAUUUACCUAAAGCAUAAUAAGCAUUAUGUAGCUUAGACUGAUAGCUUUGUAGAUGUUUGCCGCAUUUGAUAUUUGACUGAAAUAUGAUGUAGUAAUUACAGUUUAGUAAAUAUGUUUAUGAACCGUGCAAUAUACAAAUCAAAGAUGUUUUUGUGCAAAUGCAAGUCAAAACAGUUGAUGGUAUGUUUUCAACAAUAUUAGAAAUGUAGUUUCCUGUUGCUGCUUAUUAAUCAAACUGAUACCUUAGGAGAUGAAUGUUGGCAAUGUAAUUGCUUGAUAUAGGGUCCCCUGUAAAUGGCAUGUACACACUUCAAGUCACAUUAGUUAGUUUAUAUAUAUCUCAUCAGUAGUCGGGUGAGGACCACUGUUACUGGCUGUACCAGGUUGGAUAUACACAGUUGAACCUUGUUAAUCUGGACCUUGUAAGUUUCACCUUCUGAAGAUUUACUGUUUGGUCAUGGAUGGAUGAUAUGUGUGUUUCUUAUCUCCAUCAUCAGUUUCAGAGGCAGUAGUUGGGCUGGAAAUAUUUAAAAAAAAUAUAUGAAAAUGGCUUUGAUUGAGAAUACAAAUGACAAGUUGUAUGUUCGAUAUGUGUCCACAGUUUAGUUGUCAUUGUGCUGUGUUCGACUUGCAACUGUUUCUGUAAUGAAGUUAGAGUUUUAUGAGUAGGAAGUGGAGGGUUCAAAAGCAAUAAACAGAGUUACCUCCCUUUUGAAUAUUUCUAUCAAGCUCCUUCCCAGCGCGUGACACCUUCGUUACACUCUCGGUAACAUCGCUGCCACCAGUGUGGGCGCGGCCAUUACAAGAAUCUUGAAAUUU